AUGUUCCGCCGUGCUUUUGUUGCCGCCAGCAAGUUGGCGGCCGGAGUUGGAAGUGUCCAACUCGCCGCUGGUGCCACCGGGGCCGUCGUCAUGCUCACUGAUAAGGAGCUCUCCAGGAAGCCAGAAUGGUUAAUUACUCUUUUCUUGUAAGAUGAAAAAUUAAUUUUUCAGGUACCAACAAGACGUCCGUAGCCUCGAAAACGCGUUGAAGAAGCUCAGUCGGUACGGCUACAUCGAGUCUGAAAGCGUCCUCAACGAGGCUUUGGCCGCCUUGGAAAAGUUUUUUUUUCAGGAUCCAUCAUAUAAUUUGAGAAUUUUUUUGCAGAGUUUCUAACUUUGGAAGUUCUGAGAUCCAGUGGCGAUUGGCUCGCGUUUACACCGAGAAAGCGCGUCUUACGAAAGAUCACGCCACGAAAUCCUCCCUUCUUCACAAAGUAGGAAGUGCAUCGAAUGAAAGAAAUUCGUUUUCGUUCUUUUUCAGGCUCAAGAAAGCGCGAAGCGUGCCUUGGCCUCGGAAGGAUCUUUGGGAUGCGCCGGAGCCCAUAAAUGGUACGCCAUUUCGGCGACGGAUCUCGCUCACGUCGACAAGAAGAAGGUCGACCAGUCCGACGACAUCAUCAACCAUCUCCAGAAAGCCGCCAGCCUCGACCCAAAGGAUCCCUACACUCUCCAUCUUCUUGGUCUGUUUUUUUCGAUAGAAAAAAACGAGAUUUAUACUUAUGUUUCAGAAGGUCUUCUAAGAUAAUUAAAAGAAAUUAUCACAGUAAAAAAAUCUUUCUCUCUUUCUUGGAAUCAGACAGGAAUUCUUUUUUUCCACAAAGCCUUAUCUGUAUUUCGAGUUUUUUUCUUACUUUUUUUAGGCGUCCAACUUUUUCAACAAGAAGGAUUUCAAGGGAGCCAUCGACGCUCUUGAGAAGGCUGAAGGCAUUAAGGUUAUUUUCAAUUAAAGAAUUCACUUUUUUUUUUUAGAACCAUGAUAGUUUAGAAAUUUAUCUAGUUUAUCAGUAAAUACUUGCAAUGAUAGUUUUUUUAAAUGAGUUUUUUAAAAUAUGUACGAAGUCUUUAUUUUUUUGCUAAAAAAAAAUUUAGUUCGAAUGAGGAAGUAGCGAUUAAGCUUGCAAGAACCGAAAGUUUCUUUCAAGAUAGAUACUAAAUUUUAUGAAUCUCAGUUAUUCUGAAGUUAAGUUUAUGUCUGUGCUUAGUUCAUACUGAUAGAAGCGAAUCUACUAUGAGCAUCUGUAGAUAUUUGUUUUGAGUGAAGUUAAGAAUACAAUUUUUUGAAUGAUUAUAUUAAAUUCCAGGCUCGAUUCUCUGCCGCCAAUUUGUAUUACCUUGGAGCUGCCCAAAGGGCGGCCGGAAAGAAAGACGACGCGAUUUCGACCCUGAAACAGGCGAUGGACGUCCCCGGCAAGUACAGCUGCGAUGGAAAGGUUUUUUCUUCCAAACCCCAAUUUUCCGUCAUUUUCUGUGACUUACAGGCGCGUUCCCAGGCCAAACUUCUCCUGGCGAAGCUCGGAUUGAAGCCCGAAGACUACACAAUUGCAGACAUCUACUGA